CAGCAGCAGCUGAUAGAGCCUGAUGAUAUUUCAGAUCAUAUUUCCAUUCUCUCUUCAAUUUCAGUAUCACGGCAUCAUGCAAAUGCAAGUAGAAGACGACACCUCCCCAUCCAGGAAGGGCAGAAAGGCGAACAUCCAGGUGGUCAGCAGGGGGACAAAGCAGCAGCCAUCAGCGGUGCUUAAUAAGUCAAAGUCACAUCCUCAAAGAAAGAUCUCAAAAGCUCAGAGAACAGGACUGGCUAAAGGUCAUACCCCAGCUAAUAGCCUCGUCCCCAAACCCUGUGCACCAGAACUGAUGGGACUCCUGCAUUUCAACCAAACCACCAAUCAGCUCUUUCACUGCAAUGGCGUCUCCUGGAAACCUUGGGCACCAACUGAUCAGAUGGUCAGUGCUCAGACGUGUCCUCAGGGCUGGACUUUUCAUGGCGGCCAUUGCUACAUCCUCAGUACUGAGCACAAGGCCACAUGGAGCACAGCUAACAGGGCCUGCAGAGAAAGAUAUAAAGCAUCUCUCGCUAGUGUUUUCUCUAAAGGGGACAUGGACUGGCUGUGGGACUUCAGUGGAAGAAAACCAUUCUGGAUAGGCCUGAAUGACAGGGAGGGCCGAGGACGCUGGGAGUGGGCCGGCGGCGAGCCGGUCAGCUACACCAACUGGAGGAAGACGCCUCCUCGGUCCAAAAUGAAGGGAAGCAGAAAGUGUGUCCUGGUGUGGAAAAGAGCAAAGUGGCAAAUCAGGGACUGCAAGACGAGUAGAGGUCAUCGCUUUGUGUGUUCAGUAAAAACUUGAAUCCCACAGCGUAUCACAGCGUCUCACUGUGUUGUCUCAGAAGAGCUGCGGGAGGAAGGACUGAUCCUCAGGACAUUUUUUUUACUGCAAUAACAUUCCAGUGAUGAUCAGUGAGAACUUUCCUGGAACUGUUUCUGUGAUUCAUAAUUCAAUUUGUGAGAAUUACGAUGUUGCGCAACCUGUUACACAGAGUACCUAAGUGACCUAGUUUACGCUGCAUUUAUUCUAUUUAACCAAUAUUGUUACAUAUGUAAAGCUCACCACAAUUGUUUUUAAGUAUUUAGUGCCUUUUACUUUUUUAUUUCAGACAGAAUAACAGAUAUUGUUUCCAAAGAUGUGAGACUUGUUAUUUUAAUUUAUGUUGUGCUAAUAUUGUACAUAUUCUUAAAUAAAUUUGUGUUUCAUCAGUUGUAACAUGGGAUUGGUUUCCUGCAGAUGAAAAUAUAACAAAAAUCUCUAUGUGUGUUGGAAAUUUGGAGGCAAAAGGGAAGAUUCAUAAUGUACAGUCAGGGGCGAUGCAGUCGGCAAAUUUUUAUUUCCACUUUGUUUUCAAUUUUCCCCACAAAUCCUUGCUUCACCAUGCUUCUGCAAAGGAGUAAAAUCAGGCCUUGUCUCUUCAUUUCCUCUGAGAUGUCUUCAAACUUGAUUAAUUUCACUCAUAAACACGUAAACAUCAGAAUAAAGUGGAAAUCAUGAAAUAAAAGGA